AUGCCCGCGAAGAGUGUUCCUGCCCCGGAGUCGGCCAUCAAGCGCGCUGCUUUCAAGCGGCAGCAGACGGAGAACUUCAAGAAGGCUAUUGCCGCCAACAAGGCUGCGAGAGUCGCGCUGAAGAAGGCUGCAUACGCGCGUGGUCUCCGUUACUCCCGUGAGUACCGUUCUGCCGAAAAGAAGUUGGUGCACCUUCGUCGCCAGGCGAAGAGCUGCGGCAACUACUACCUCGAGGCGAAGCCGAAGGUUGCUGUUGUCACCCGCAUUCGCGGUAUUGCGAAGGUCGCCCCGAAGCAGCGCAAGAUUCUGCAGCUUCUGCGCCUGCGCCAGAUCUUCAACACCGUUUUUGUGCGCCUGAACAAGCCGAUGGAAAACAUGCUCCGCGCCGUUGAGCCCUACAUUGCCUACGGCUACCCUUCCCUGCGCACAGUCCGAAUGAUGGUGUACAAGCGUGGCCACCUGAAGAUUAACGGCCAGCGUGUGAAGAUUGUGAACAAUCAGAUGAUCGAGAGCAAGUACAACAACGAGAACAUUGUUUGCGCUGAGGACAUUGUGAACCAGAUCUACACCGGUGGCAAGCACUUCCGCGAGGUGACGAACGGCCUGUGGCCCUUUAAACUCUCGCCGCCGGCUGGUGGCAUGCGCCAAAAACGUCGUCACUUUGUUGAGGGCGGCGACUACGGCAACCGUGACGCCCUCAUCAACCGUUUCCUCGCCCGCAUGAUUUAA